AUGCCCUCGCCAAAACGUCCCAAGGCCAGCGUGGACUAUCUGGAUAGCCAUAUCAGCAGCGAAGAUGAGUCAACUCGUCGAAGAUCGGCUCAUCCACGUGGAUUCAGCCCAAAGCUGGAGAGAGGCAUUUCAGAGACUUCCCUCAUGAGACGGGAAAGCAAGGCCGAGGGAAGCGACAACCACGACAAGAUCGAAAGAGCCAUUCGAGACAUGGCAGCUCUCAACCUGGCUCAUCUUCGAAAAGCGGACACACACAUUCCCGCUCUCACGGCAGCACUCACGGACAUCAUCAUUCUCCCCGACACACUCACUCGCACUCACAAUCACACUCGCACUCGCACCCGCACUCUCAUUCCCACUCCAGAGACAAAGAUAAAGACGACCACACCGACAAACAUAAUCAGGGGCCUAUCCCAUAACAGCCGACAAACGAAACCCAAGCCCAAGACAAAUAAGAUGCCCUGGGAAGAUUUUCCGUGGGAGGACGCUGCCAAGGUCGCCUUUCAGGCUGGAGGCGUCGCUCUGAUGAAGGUUGGGACAGAACAGAUGCCCUGGCAAAUCAAGGGGACCAAGGUUGCGAGUGCUGCCCUCGGAGCUGCCGUCGUGGACCAUGUUCUUAAGCCUAAAAAGCGAGGUGGUGUCAAAUACGCGGCAAUGAGGCACCUCGCUGAAGUUGCGGUUGGUAACAUGGUGGUCAGCCCUGCGCUGGGGAAAAUGAGCGGGGGAGGAGGGAGGAAACGCAUCAGCGGCGCAACGGGGUCAACGAACACUGAUUUCAUCAGAACUGGGGUAGACCGAAUAACAAUUGAUACGGUGGGACUCGACCAGAUUUCAAUUGUUCUGUUCGAGUGGCUGCGUUGGUCCAGAGCAAAUGCAUCAUUCCAGGCAACAACCGCGCGGUCCCCACCGUCAGCACAAGCCAAGCGAGAUCGAGUCUCGAGCAUUAUGAACCCAAAAUUGAAACCUCAUUUCAGCGAAGUAGCAACAAACUGA